GGACGGCUGGGGCCCGUUGUCACGCCCUGCAAGGCGCAAUCUCCAGGCAGGGGCAGGGCAGGUCUGGGGGUUUCACGCCCCCCAGGGAGCGGGUCACCCGGUGGGACUCGCGCCCGCCCUCUCCUUGGGAGUCGUGUUCCCUGGGACGCGCCCACUGUUCUCCCUGGGGAGCGGGAGGCUCCAGGCGCGGCUGGGGCGCUGUGGGCAGAUGCGCUCGGUCCUCACCAGCGGCGCUGUGCGGCGAACCCUGCGGUGCCUCGGGAAGGCGGUCGUUCCUCCCUGCUCCCACCGUUUUCCAGCGUGUGCGCUCUUUCCUUCUCUGGGGAAAAAAGGAAAUUUUUUAUUUUUUAACAUUUCAUUUCAUGAAACCAUUUUUUUUUAAGUGGUGGCGCUGAACACAGUCCUUGCAGAGGGGGGCAGCACUUUCCCUCCUGACCCCAUCCUGGAAACCCCAGUGUGACUUCAGCACUGUCAGAGGAUUGGAAGCAGAGCUGCGAGUUAGGAAGCGGCUCGCUGGCAGCUGGGCACGUUUCUUUCCUGCGAGGUCGGCUUUUUUGAUUUGCUCUUUUUCACGUGAAAAUGUUCAGCUUCAUUUUUAGACACCUUUAGACAUGGUUAUCACUGUUUAAAGCCUUGAUUUUUUGUAAACAAAUAGUUUGCAUUUUAUUCAUUGAAACGGAGAGAGAACAAAUACCAUCCUGCUUUUUGGGCUGCCUUCCUAUUUCAAGGAGAGACGCCAAGGUAAUUUUGACCCAGAGGAGGAAUGAUGUAGCCACCUCCUAACCUUCCCUUCUUGAACCCCCAGGAGUAGCGUCUUGCUUUGUUGCCCAGGCUGAUCUUGAACUCCUGGCCUCAAGCAUCCUCCUGCCUCAGCCUCCCAAAACACUGGGAUUAGAGGUCCCCUCUUGCUGUUGGCUGCACAUCAGGAAGGCUAUGAUGGGAAUGAAGGUGAAAACUUGGAGAUUUCACUUCAGUCAUUGCUUCUGCCUGCAAGAUCAUCCUUUAAAAGUCGAGAAGCUGCUCUGUGUGGUGGUUAACUCCAAGAGGCAGAACUCGUUCUAGAAGGAAAUGGAUGCAAGCAGUUCCGGGGGCCCCAAACGCAUGCUUCCUGUGGUCUAGCCCAGGGAAGCCCUUCUUUGGGGGCCCCGGCACUGAGGGAUGCCACCGGUUCUGGACGCAUGGCUGAUUCCUGAAUGAUGAUGGUUCGCCGGGGGCUGCUUGCGUGGAUUUCCCGGGUGGUGGUUUUGCUGGUGCUCCUCUGCUGUGCCAUCUCCGUCCUGUACAUGUUGGCCUGCACCCCAAAAGGUGACGAGGAGCAGCUGGCACUGCCCAGGGCCAACAGCCCCACGGGGAAGGAGGGGUACCAGGCUGUCCUUCAGGAGUGGGAGGAGCAGCACCGCAACUACGUGAGCAGCCUGAAGCGGCAGAUCGCACAGCUCAAGGAGGAGCUGCAGGAGCGGAGUGAGCAGCUCAGGAAUGGGCAGUACCAAGCCAGCGAUGCUGCUGGCCUGGGGCUGGACAGGAGCCCCCCAGAGAAAACCCAGGCCGACCUCCUGGCCUUCCUGCACUCGCAGGUGGACAAGGCAGAGGUGCAUGCUGGUGUGAAGCUGGCCACAGAGUAUGCAGCAGUGCCUUUCGAUAGCUUUACUCUACAGAAGGUGUACCAGCUGGAGACUGGCCUUACCCGCCACCCCGAGGAGAAGCCUGUGAGGAAGGACAAGCGGGAUGAGUUGGUGGAAGCCAUUGAAUCGGCCUUGGAGACCCUGAACAGUCCUGCAGAGAACAGCCCCAAUCACCGUCCUUACACGGCCUCUGAUUUCAUAGAAGGGAUCUACCGAACAGAAAGGGACAAAGGGACAUUGUAUGAGCUCACCUUCAAAGGGGACCACAAACAUGAAUUCAAACGGCUCGUCUUAUUUCGACCAUUCGGCCCCAUCAUGAAAGUGAAAAAUGAAAAGCUCAACAUGGCCAACACGCUUAUCAAUGUUAUCGUGCCUCUGGCAAAAAGGGUGGACAAGUUCCGGCAGUUCAUGCAGAAUUUCAGGGAGAUGUGCAUUGAGCAGGAUGGGAGAGUCCAUCUCACUGUUGUUUACUUUGGGAAAGAAGAAAUAAAUGAAGUCAAAGGAAUACUUGAAAACACUUCCAAAGCUGCCAACUUCAGGAACUUUACCUUCAUCCAGCUGAAUGGAGAAUUUUCUCGGGGAAAGGGACUUGAUGUUGGAGCCCGCUUCUGGAAGGGAAGCAACAUCCUUCUCUUUUUCUGUGAUGUGGACAUCUACUUCACAUCUGAAUUCCUCAAUACGUGUAGGCUGAAUACACAGCCAGGGAAGAAGGUAUUUUAUCCAGUUCUUUUCAGUCAGUACAAUCCUGGCAUAAUAUACGGCCACCAUGAUGCAGUCCCUCCCUUGGAACAACAGCUGGUCAUAAAGAAGGAAACUGGAUUUUGGAGAGACUUUGGAUUUGGGAUGACGUGUCAGUAUCGGUCAGACUUCAUCAAUAUAGGUGGGUUUGAUCUGGACAUCAAAGGCUGGGGCGGAGAGGAUGUGCACCUUUAUCGCAAGUAUCUCCACAGCAACCUCAUAGUGGUGCGGACGCCGGUGCGAGGACUCUUCCACCUCUGGCAUGAGAAGCGAUGCGUGGACGAGCUGACCCCCGAGCAGUACAAGAUGUGCAUGCAGUCCAAGGCCAUGAACGAGGCAUCCCACGGCCAGCUGGGCAUGCUGGUGUUCAGGCAUGAGAUAGAGGCUCACCUUCGCAAACAGAAACAGAAGACAAGUAGCAAAAAAACAUGAACUCCCAGAGACGGAUUGUGGGAGACACUUUUUCUUUCCUUUUGCCAUUACUGAAAGUGGCUGCAACAGAGAAAAGACUUCCAUAAAGGACGACAAAAGAAUUGGACUGAUGGGUCAGAGACGAGAGAGCCUCCGAUUUCUCUCUGUUGGGCUUUUUACAACAGAAAUCAAAAUCUCCGCUUUGCCUGCAAAAGUAACCCAGUUGCACCCUGUGAAGUGUCUGACAAAGGCAGAAUGCUUGUGAGAUUAUAAGCCUAAUGGUGUGGAGGUUUUGAUGGUGUUUACAACAAACUGAGACCUAUUGUUUUGUGUGCUCAUUGAAAUAUUCAUGAUUUAAGAGCAGUUUUGUAAAAAAUUCAUUAGCAUGAAAGGCCAGCAUAUUUCUCCUCAUGUGAAUGAGCCUAUCAGCAGGGCUCUAGUUUCUAGGAAUGCUAAAAUAUCAGAAGGCAGGAGAGGAGAUAGGCUUAUUAUGAUACUAGUGAGUACAUUAAGUAAAAUCAAAUGGACCAGAAAAGAAACCGUAAAUAUCGUGUCAUUUUUUUCCCAAGAUUAACCAAAAAUAAUCUGCUUAUCUUUUUGGUUGUCCUUUUAACGGUCUCCGUUUUUUUCUUUUAUUUAAAAAUGCACUUUUUUCCCCUUGUGAGUUAUAGUCUGCUUAUUUAAUUACCACUUUGCAAGCCUUACAAGAGAGCACAAGUUAGCCUACAUUUUUAUAUUUUUUAAGAAGAUACUUUGAGAUGCAUUAUGAGAACUUUCAGUUCAAAGCAUCAAACUGAUGCCAUAUCCAAGGACAUUCCAAAUGCUGAUUCUGUCAGGCACUGAAUGUCAGGCAUUGAGACAUAGGGAAGGAAUGGUUUGUACUAAUACAGACGUACAGAUACUUUAUCUGAAGAGUAUUUUCGAAGAGGAGCAACUGAACACUGGAGGAAAAGAAAAUGACACUUUCUCCUUUACAGAAAAGGAAACUCAUUCAGACUGGUGAUAUCGCGAUGUAGCUAAAAGUCAGAAACCACAUUUUCUCCUCAGAAGUAGGGACCACUUUCUUACCUGUUUAAAUAAACCAAAGUAUACCGUGUGCACCAAACAAUCUCUUUUCAAAGCAGGGUGCUCCUCCUGGCUUCUGGCUUCCAUAAGAAGAAAUGGAGAAAAAUAUACAUAUAUAUAUUUUGUGAAAGAUCAGUCCAUCUGCCAGAAUCUAGUGGGAUGGAAGUUUUUGCUACAUGUUAUCCACCCCAGGCCAGGUGGAAGUAACUGAAUUAUUUUUUAAAUUAAGCAGUUCUACUCGAUCACCAAGAUGCUUCUGAAAAUUGCAUUUUAUUACCAUUUCAAACUAUUUUUUAAAAAUAAAUACAGUUAACAUAGAGUGAUUUCUUCAUUCAUGUGAAAAUUAUUAGCCAGCACCAGAUGCAUGAGCUAACUAUCUCUUUGAGUCCUUGCUUCUGUUUGCCCACAGUAAACUCAUUGUUUAAAAGCUUCAAGAACAUUCAAGCUGUUGGUGUGUUAAAAAAUGCAUUGUAUUGAUUUCUACUGGUAGUUUAUGAAAUUUAAUUAAAACACAGGCCAUGAAUGGAAGGUGGUAUUGCACAGCUAAUAAAAUAUGAUUUGUGGAUAUGA